AUGACCCUGCCGGCGUUGCCCAAAAGGUCUUUUGCACAUCGCGUAGCCUGUAAAGCACUAUAUCGGGCUCUCUUGGUCCAAACCCAACAUAUCCCCUUGAAACCAGAGGUCCUCACUCGUGGACCUGUCAAUCCUAUAACACAUCUUGUGCGCAAGAGAUUCAAACAGAAUAUAGCGCUUAAUAGCAAGAAGCAGGUGGUUAAAUGUUUGGAGGUUGGAUAUGCUGUUGAACGGCUUCUCCGUUCCUCAGCCAGUGGAUCAAAAGCUGCCACAGAUCAAGUCAACAACAUCCUCCAAAUCCUCCAUGACGACGCAUACCAACAAUCCCUCGUCACCGAACGACCUCAUCGCGUACGACCUCCGAAACCAAUUGCCAAACCCGGCGCCCCGAAACUACUAGACGUCGUCCCACGGCCUCUAUCAGAAAUCAAAGGCGGUAUAAGGAGCGUCCCCAAAAUGGUCUUCACAUCCCGUCACCGCACAAGCUUCCUGCGAUACAGCAAACCACAAAGCCCCUACCUCAGCAGGGUUAUACGACAAAAAGACGACACGCGCGUGAAGCGGUUCGAGACUGCCGAGCGUCUAUUCUUCGAGAGUGAAGAAGGGAAAUUGGAAAACGUGUGGAAUCACAAUCUGAGCGCCGAGUUGGGUGUCAAAUAUGAUAUGGGGUGGGAUUCGGUGCCGGCGACUGUGAGGAGGAGGGUGAUAGGGAGAGAUUUGAGGGAUGUGGAGGAUGCGAGGGAGUUGGCGGGACGGAUGAUGGAUGUUGCCGAGAGAGAGAUGGAACUGGCGGAGCAGGAGAGGAAGGUUAGGAGACAUGAAAAAUUGGAGAGGAAGUGGGCGCUUAAGAAGGAGAGGUGGGAGAGGGAGGGUAGGGAGGUACACGAUGUUGUGAAGGAGCCUUUUGUGGCGCCUGAAGUUUUUAAGCCAUAUGGCGGUGGUGCUGGAAGCGGUGGAGGAGAGGAGAGAAAUGGGCUAGAAGUGGAGGAGGGGAGCGACUUGCUCGCUGAGGGUGGGAAGCUUCGCAAAUUCUACAAGCAAGAUUGA